AUGCUCGAAGUUUUAAACCUUGGAAACAAUAAUCUGUAUGACACAUUCCCUUUACGGUUGGGAAAAUUGCCUUGGUUGGUGGUUCUUAUAUUGCGAGCAAAUAGGUUUUAUGGUCCAAUUAAACAUGUGAAAAUUUAUUUUCAAGACUUGGAUGUACUAGACAUUGCUUUCAAUAAUUUUUCUGGUCAAUUACCAAUUGAAUUCUUUCAAGUUUCUCAACUAAGGUCACUUAUAAUCAAUGGGAAUAAAUUGGAAGGGAAGUUGCCGAAGUCAAUAGCUAAUUGCAGAAAUCUUGAAGUUUUGGACCUUGGAAAAAAUAUAAUACAGGACGCAUUUCCUUUUUGGUUGGUGAAAUUGCCUUCUUUGAAAGUUCUUGUACUAAGAGCAAAUAGAUUCUACGGUCCGAUUAAAAUUUCUAAGGAUGAAAAUACUUUCCCAGAGUUACACAUGCUGGACCUUGCUUCCAAUAACUUGUCAGGGUUUGAAAUUUUUUAUGAGAAGAUCUUAACCAUCUUUGUUUGUCUUGACCUUUCUAAUAAUAAUUUUCAUUGGAGAAUACCGGAAGAAAUACAAAACCUCAAGUCACUCAAAGUGCUAAACUUGUCCUAUAACAGCAUCCUCGGCCCAAUUCCUUUAGCACAUGGAAACUUAACUGAGCUUGAGUCGUUGGACCUCUCCCAGAACAAACUCUCCGGAAAGAUUCCUCUACAGCUUACAAGCCUAACUUUUCUUGCAGUAUUGAAUCUCUCUUGCAACCAACUUGAGGGAAGCAUACCACAAAGCUACCAAUUCAAUGCAUUUUCAAACGAUUCUUACAAAGGGAACCCAAGAUUGUGUGGGCUGCAUUUGACAAGGAAAUUCAACGAAGUUGGUCUUGGAAUGCCACCCUCUAAGAAAGAUGGAGAUUCAUGGGUAGAUGGUAUAUCUGAUUGGAAAAUCGUAUUGAUUGGGUAUGGAUGUGGUUUGGUGAUUGGGUUAUCUGUUGGAUAUACAAUGCUGAAUGAGCUGAGAAACAAAUGGAUGGCUAGGAUUGCAGUCUCCAGUUCCACUCUUCCUCUUCCACAACAGAAAUUGUGUCUGAAUGUUUUUUUCCUGGUGUUACGGUGGUGUUUUACUGCUGAGUUAUGGGGAUCUCCAGCUGUUCACCCUAUUGUGUAA